AUGUACGCCGCCGGCCUCGUGGAGGGCUUCCUGACCGCGGAGCGCCUGCGGGAGUUCCACCGCAACAGCCAGGCGCUGCUGCUCAUGAGCCCUGACAACCGGCAGCGGCUACCUGGCCUGCAGCGGGCGCUGGCGCGGAGCGUAGAGGAGCUCGCCGCGGCGUCGCGCGACGCGGGCUUCUUGCAGGAGGCUGGCGCGAGCGCCCUCGAAACACAGGCGGGCCUGGCGUUCCUGCAGGCCUGGGGCGUGCGGGAUGGCUACGAGUUGGCCCGCGCGAGGCUGCCGCAGCUCUCGGGCGCCGCGCCGCUGUCGAUGGUGGACCUGAUGCUGAUUAACUCCGACGGCGUCGUGGACGAGCUGAUGGCGAAGUACGGCGGGGAGGGAGGGGCGGACGCGCUGCUGGAGGAGAGGGCGAGCAGAGGAGCGGUGCUUCGUCACGGCUUCACUGGCGCACGGCACCGCGGCCCUGCCGCCAGCCCGCCGGCGCGUCACCAGCCGCCGCGGGCCGUGGGACACUGCACCGCCUUAGCGCGCCUCACGGAGGACAGGCAGGAGCUGUACCUGGGCCACACCACCUGGGAGGCGUACUCCGAGAUGACGCGGAUCUGGAAGGUGUACGACUUCCCACUCAAGGGCGUCGCCGCCAGGAAGAUCUCGUUCUCGUCGUACCCUGGGUGCGUCUCCAGCACUGACGACUACUACCUCAUGGACAGCGGCCUCGCGGUGACCGAGACCACUCUGCAGGUGCCCGGCACGCAGCACUACGACACCUCGGCGUCCUCGCUGCCAGACUUCCUGCGAAUCAUGGCCGCUAACCGCAUCGCGUCCAGCGGCAAGGAGUGGGUCGACAGCAUGGUCGCCAGCGCCACGGGCACAUAUUCGUCGCAGUGGCUCGUGACUGAUUACGGCAGGUUCUCCCCGGGCAGCAGCCUUCCCGAGGGCACCUUCUACGUGCUCGAGCAGGCGCCUGGCAUCUCGCACUUCGAGGACAUGUCUGCGCACCUCCAGAAGGAGGGCUACUGGGCAUCGUACGACCGCGCCUACUUCGACGACGUGCGGGACGCUACCGGCGACGCCGCCAUGGAGGCGAAGCUGCGGGCGGCCCCAGCGGGCUCCGAGGCGCGGGCGGACGCGGCGCUGUACUCGAAGUCCGACACGCCCCGCGCGCAGAUCGUGCGCCAGACUGCUCGGGGCGUGGGCUCGCUGGAGGCGAUGCGCGAGGAGAUGACGCGCAACCGCGGCACCGAGGAGCCCGUGCGGGAGGCCGCUCUGCGGGUGCCCUGGUUCACGAUUUCGGCUCGCAGUGACCUCGAGGACAAGCAUCACAUCAACCGCCGGGGCAGUCCGGAGGGAGGCGUGGACUCCAAGGUGACGAGCUCGUGCCUGUUCCGGACGCUGACGGCGGAGGCGAUCUCGUCCCCGACGCACGUCGACAUGCCCCCCUUCCGCUGGACCUCGGCGUCUGGCGAGGAUGUCUGGCCAGGCUAUCCCCACGAGGGUCUGCCCACCACGGCCAACUUCGACUGGGUGCGCGUGGACGCGCAGGACCAGAUGCUGAGCAGCCUGGGGAGCGGCUCGUGCAACUGA